UUUGAACAUCGACAAGAUCUUCAACAACUGUAUAAGCAGGAAGCAAAGCAACAUCUCGGUGAGGUAGCGCGGAGUACAACAUCUUCCACCGGCCCUCCAACAUCUGAAUAAUGGCUGAAACGGCGGAAAUACAGCCGGUUGAACAACCGAAUCCAAAAACGACGGUGAAAAAUAAAGAAGUGAUAGCAACAAAGGUUACUGGAACUGUGAAAUGGUUCAACGUCAAGAGUGGCUAUGGAUUCAUCAACAGGAAUGAUACCAAAGAAGACGUAUUUGUACAUCAGUCUGCUAUCACAAAGAAUAACCCAAGGAAAGUUGUCCGAUCAGUAGGUGACGGAGAAAUAGUGGAAUUUAAUGUAGUUGUUGGUGAGAAAGGAAAUGAGGCGGCUAAUGUCACCGGUCCAAAUGGAGAAGCUGUCCGUGGCUCACCAUACGCAGCGGACAGGCGUCGUGGUUACCGUCAAUGGUAUUAUCCCAGAGGAGGCAGGGGUGGCCAAAGAGGAGGCGGACCCGGCAGGAGGCCUCAGAAAGAAAGCCAGAGCGAAGGAGAAGCUAAAGACGGCACAUUAUCUGGUGGAGAAGGAAGUGGUAAUGCGCUUCGCAGAUAUAGACCAAGGAGGGGCCGUGGCGGUUAUGGCGGCGGAGGUUACGGUUAUCGUCCAUUCCGUGGUGGACCUCAGGGAGGUGGUGAAGAUAACGGAGAAGGACCAAGGGGCAGGGGACCCCCAAGAAGGUUCUUCGGAAGUAGAAACUUCCGUGGAGGCAGACGUGGUGGAAGACGCCCUCGUUCUCAAGACAGCCAAGGAGGCGGUCAAGGACCUGCAGAGCUAGUGGGCCAAGAUGGACCUCGUGGACCACCACGUCCACGCUACCGUCGUCGCGGACCCCCACGUCCGCGCGGUGGUAACUCCCAGUCCGAGUCUACAAAUGGUAAACCAGCUCAAGACACAACUGCACCUGCUAACGCUGAAGAGAGUCAGCCAGUGCAGAACACAACCACAGAAAGCACGGCUUAAGCGUUCUCACGCUGAGUCUUGAAACAAAAAUACCGUUUAAUUAUAACAAUACUAUGUUAACAACUUUAGCGCGUGAGUUUUUCUAAGCAGACAAAAGGCAUUUCACUGUGCGACGUUUAUUUUUUCAUUGGUAAUCGUGUUCAUAGGAAUAAUUUCAGAAGUGUGUAGUAGUUACUUGAUAGCAAUCCAAGAUGAAAUUUGAUCAUAUCUGGAAAAGUUUGUCUCACGACCCUCCCAAGUGCCCAUAUUGUGUGAAUAAACUUUUGAUACUUUUUAUAUAUUUCCCAUUAGUGUUUUAUAAGGUGGAAAAUAAAUUAAUUUGUAUAAAUUUAUACUGGGCGUUGGUGGUAGUCGGCCAUGCGACAAACCUGCAUAUUAAACAUGUUGUCAUUGAAAUGUCUUGAAGACCUUAUGUCUGGCUGCAUGAUUUUGUCCUCAUAACAAGAAAAAUGUAAAAAAAAAUUAAAAUUCAACAUUUACCGUUAACAUCAAACUUGUAAAUGUUGUGCCAAAAAAAGUGAAGAAACAUCUAACUUGUCAUUUACCGUUUUCUGAUAGAAGGCGGGCGAACUACAACGUUUAAAAAAAAAAUCCAAAAAAAUCCGCAAAGUACAAAAACGAACAGAUCAUUUCUCUCUGACAUUUACAAUAUUGGAGUAUUUAUCUUAAUUUUUGGGUUCUUUAUUUGUUAUAAAAUGCAUUAUCGAUGCCGAAAUUUUUUAUUUGAAAUUUUGUGGGUACUAGUCAUUAAGUGAAUUGUAAUAAUCAUAUUUUGAUUAUAUUGAAUAUUAGACACUGUUGUGAUCGUUGGCAACAUGUGUGUUGAUUCAAUUUUGCAUCAAAUUUGACACUGAGAAAUAAAGUCUGUUCCUUAAA